UAAGUGUAUAUCGUUCGUUUUUGUACAUUCCUACAAACAACUAAAUAAAAUUCUAAAACUUAAUUUUAAGGCAAAGUAAAUCCUUUCAAAUAUCUGUUAUCCUGUAUGAGAAUUUGUAAUGAGUGAAAACGAGAAGAAUAUGUCCACCGAGGAUGACACUGAGGAAAGCUUCUCUCGGCUUCCAUUAAUUAAAACUCGUGUCCGGAAAAAUCUUACUGAAUUGCGACAUCCCCGACAGAAAUUUUGUGCUCGUUGGGAAAAAGAUUUCCCUUGGCUUAAAGCCGAUAAAGUAGAUGAAUCUGUUGGAAUAUGUACCGUAUGUAAUAAGCAUUUAGUGUGUAAAAAAAGCCAUUUGGAGCGUCAUCAGAAAUCAUAUAAGCAUCAGAGGCUUCAGGGUUUUGAAUCAUUUGACACAGAAGGCGAACCAUCACAACCAAAUGUGCCUGAAUUUAUGGAGUGUGGAAAGCGAGAGUUUGAGCAAGAAGAGCAGGAAUUUGGCCAAGCGAUUGAGCUAGAUCCAGAUUAUAAUUUAGAUAAUGAGCGAGAUUCUGAAAAAAGAUUUAAAAGAAAUGUUUCAAAUAAACUGAAGACUUCAUCACACCAAUCGUCUGUGAAUGGUUUAUCGCAAGAAGAAAGGCUUAAAAACCGGAGCUUCAAAUUGGACCGUUUUAAAUUGCUCAAACGUAUCGACCGCGACCGUAAUGCGCUCAAUGAAUAUUAUUUAAUACGAAAGAGACAACAUUCACCAGCAGUUCAACAGUGCAAAGAUACAUUCGACUUAUUUUUUGAUAGCGUAUGUGCAACUGUAAAAGCUUUGCCUCCAAAACUGGGUGCUGAAGUGAAGGGUCGAAUAUCGCAGUUGAUAGCGGAAUUCGAGUUGCGUGCAAUAUGUGAGAGGGAAGCUCAACAAUGUAGUCUUACAUUACCUUCAACAACAACGGAAAAUACCGCAAUGGUAGUUGCUGCCACUACAACUCAUCCAUCAGACCCAACUCCAUCGGUAACGCAGGAGUCAACGGUCAUAGAUCCCAAUGGUGUUCCACAUAUCGUUUACACUUUCCAGUCGAAAGUACCGGAAUGAUUUAAAAGAUGGCAUGCCAGGAAAAUAAAUGUAAAUUUAUAAUUGUAUUACACGUCGGAUUGCCACCAUUAGUUUAUGCAUUAUUUCAUACUUACAUACAUACGUUUUAGGAAAGUAAUACGAUUGUAGAAUAUUAGUUUGUUAUUUAUGUGAUUUAAAUAAAAAUUUUAAGUUUCAAAUUUAGCGGCCGCCGUAGCCGAGUAGUUUGGUGCGUGACUGCCAUUCGGUAAUGUAGGGUAUAUUCAAUAACGCAUUAUAAGGCGCAACGUACUUUUUCAGUGUUGGCAAUGCGUUCAGAAAUGCAAAUAUGGCAGUACUGCAAAUGCAUCGCGUUCCAAAACGCCAUUUUUGUAUCAAACGUCGCGCAUUAUUUGCAGGAAAAAUUUUAAUACUGCCAAUCUAUCAAUUGCAACACUUGUCAUAUUGGCAGUGCUGCCAGCGCUGCAAUUACUGCGCAUUUAUAAUGCGUUUCUGAAUAUACCCAUUCUCUGUGCAGGAACAGCAAAUAGCGUUUUCUGAUAACGGUCAACCCUCGGCAGGCAAUGGCAAACCUACGAGUGUAUUUACGCCAUGAAAAAGCUCAUCAUAAAACCAUCUGCCGUUCGGAGUCAGCUUUACGUUGUA